AUGAAUUUUACAAAACCUCCGUUACCGUUCUUUGGAAAUAAGAGUAAAUGUAAAGAUAUUAUAUUGAGAGAACUUAAGAAACUACCGAAUGGUCUAACAUUUGUAGAUUUGUUCGGUGGAAGUUUCUAUAUAUCCCAUUUGUGCCAUACAAUAUUCCCAGACUCAAAGAUUAUAUGCAAUGACUUCGACAACUAUAUGGACCGUCUCAAACAUAUACCAGACACAAACAAUAUAUUGAAAGAGUUAAAAGAAAAGAUACCUAUAGGUAAGAUGGAACGUAUACCAUUAGAUAACAAAAAUAUUGUGAGAGAGGUUUUGAAAAAAGCAGAAUAUAUAGACUGGGAUAGUAUAUCUGCUAGACUAUUAUAUAGUGGUGCUAUAAGAGUUCAUGACAUUGAAACACUUAUGUCAAAAGUUUUAUAUCUUAACUAUACAAAUGUUU